AUGGCCCAAUUUGCCAGAAUGACUGCACAGGCAGCAAUAGUGGGCCUGGCAUCAGAGGCGCACAUGCAUGAUAGCGACCUAACCAACAGCGGAGUUGCGGAGUUGCGGCAAAACCUCACCAGUGGCAAAGCAGAGAAGCGGCAAGGGUCGGGAGCGAAGGCUAGUGACCAAUGGCGCAGACAGAGUGACCAAAAGGCCAGGGGGCAGAUGGUGAAGACUAAGCAUGGCUUAGGUCUCCCAGGAAUGGUGCAUGCUCAGUGGGUCGGGUGUCGGAGUUGGCUCAGGUGGAUUUGGGCUGGAAUGCUUGGGUGUGCGACUUUGCCAAUCAGUAACCGGCUAGAUCAACGGAUCAUAGGGAUCCGAGGUAGGAGAGGGCUUGGAGACCGCACUGGCAGCAUAACGGGGAGGAAUGACGGAAAUGGUGCGGCGAACAACGGCGAGAACUCAGUGGUAUGCACCAAGUCGCAAAUUGGUGUUCAGGGGAGAACACUGCAGAGUCACAAGCCUGAGGGGUUGUGGGAGAGGUGCCUCAGCGGAGGUCUUUCGGAGGAGCGGGUCCGCAAGGGGACUUAUCGCCAGAGGGUGCCUUGA